AGCUCGCCUCGGCGUGCCGGUUGCACUGCCGCGCACCCAGAUAUUUGCAGACGUUGUUGAUAAGAAAUCUUUGUAAAAUUGUACAUCUUAAAUAUAACUCAGUGUACUGUCGACCUCGUACACAAUCGAUCGUGGAAAAUGUUUAUAAAAACGUAUAUUUUGCUUAUAUUUAGUGUCAAUAAUGUUAUUGUACGCGGCCAGUCAGCGGAUCAGAAGAGCAGAUUUGCCUUCGUCAUAGACGACACAUACUCCAUGUCGAGAGAUAUCGAAGAAGUCAAAAGUAAAACUAAACUCAUUUUCGACACAGUCCGGACAUCCGCAGAGUCGCACAUUGAAAAUUUUAUUUUGGUAACAUUUAACGAUCCUGGUUUUCAGCCUGCUCUGGUAACCAAUAGUGAAAGCGUAUUCAAGAAGGCGCUAGAUGCAAUCGUGGUGCACAGCGGCCCUGAUAAUUUAGAAUGCCCAGAGAUGUCGAUGCAUGGCCUGGCCGAGGCUCUGGCGCACACGCUGCCAGGUUCCUAUAUCUACGUGUUCACUGACGCUGCGGCCAAAGACUACGCUGAUGGUCCAAAGAUUAAGAAAUUGGCACAGAAGCAAGGGACACAGAUUUCGUUCAUCUUAACACCUCCUACGUGCGGGGCUUUUUAUGAAAAUGAUCCUAAUUACAAAGUGUAUAAAGACCUGGCUGCUGCCACUUCGGGGCAAAUACUUCAUGUUGCAAGGGGCGAAGUUGGACAGGUACUAGAUUUCGUAGGGCGAUCUCUGGACAAAAGACGAGCCGUUAUAGGUAGAGCGGAAUUACCACCAGGCUACAAUAACAACAUCACUAUUUCAGGUGACAAAGAACUUGGUGACGUACAGUUUUCCGUGACGGGUUUGAGGCCAAAAUUAAAAAUAACGAAACCAGACGGAAAUGAAGCUAAUACAACUGACAUAUUCAAAAAUGAUAAAACUCUGGUCGUGGGAGUUGAUGGUCUUGAGUCAGGUAAUCAUACAGCCAAUGUGGGCAGUGAGACUGACACGAGCGUUGUUAUAACCGGAGUCACCAAUGUUAACUUCCAACAUGGUUUCUCGGAAUUCAAACCGAGAUCAAUAAAUACAACAAUAACCAGACCCAUUCUAGGUAAACCAUCACACUUAGCAAUAGAAUUAUCAAGUAAAGCCAAGGAUUUCAAACUAGAUGAAGUAGAAUUAUUAGAUAUGAAUGAUAAUGUUAUUUCUGUAUGGCCGUUAAAAGAACUCACUACGAAUUUCUACGUGGCUGAAAAACAAAUGCCUCCAACAACCAUGUUCAGAGUAGCGGUGAAAGGACACAAUACAAAGACGAAUGAAUAUAUUCGAAGAUUAUCUGCGACCCCUGUUGAACCACAAACAUUAACCACGGAUGAUAAACCGGAGAACCGACGGCCCACCGUUACUUUGGUUGGAGAUUCGUCAAUAGCAGUGGCUUAUGGCGACUCAGUGCAGCUGCAAUGUAAAAUAAAUGCCUAUCCUAAACCAAAACUUACGUGGAUUGAAGAAAUAUCUGGAUUGACAGUUUCGGAAAUGAUCGUGGAAGAAGAUCUGCCAUAUGGUUACAUAAGCAUUUUAGACUUGGAGCAAGUAAAGAGCAAUACUUCAUAUCAAUGCCGCGCCUUCAACGACUACGGCGACGAUACAACUAAAGUCAGUGUUGGUGUUAACAGUAAAGUGCCACCGAAAAUCAAUAAUUCUGUAAAGCAAAUCAACGUAACAAGGAAAGAAAGCGCUACAAUUACGUGCAAUGUCACUGAAGGAAUACCGAGACCAGAGAUCCGAUGGAGUUACAAACGUCCUUUGACUCGGGAAUUUGUUCUCCUUGAUGACGUAUCAUAUGUAAUUCAAAUAAAUAGCACGGAUCUACACCAAGCAGGAACAUACAAAUGCGAGGCGAGCAAUUUGUUUGGUCGAGACGAACACGAAAUGGAGUUAAUAAUAAAAUAUCCACCAACAAUAAGAGGUAACACGCAAAUCAGGAAAGCUUCGAAAGGUCAACGCGUCUUCCUCACGUGCAAUGCGGACGGAGUGCCCAAGCCCGACGUAAGAUGGUACUUCAAGGGACAUGAAAUUGGCAAAACUUCUGGGCUUCGAAUUUAUACUGGCAAUACUUUGAGUAUGGUGGUUUCGUUCAACGACUCAGGAAUUUAUACAUGUAAUGCCGUAAACGAAGUUGGAUCUGACACUAAAACAGUGAAAGUCGUAGUAGACGGUCCGCCAUUCAUCGAAAAGUCUUCAGUACCCAAGACGACAACGGCUGUGGUCGGCGACUUGGUAAUGAACCUGCCGUGCCUUGCCACUGGCAGCCCUCAGCCCAUGAUCACUUGGGCUAAGGAUGGAGUCGAAAUUUCUUCAGGAACCGAGUGGUACAAUAUAAAUAAGGAUGGUACUCUGGUCAUUAACAACGUGACUGAAACAUCUCAGGGCAGAUAUGUGUGCACAGCUAGAAAUUCAAAAGGGACUGAUACAGAUUACUUCGAAGUUGUUGUUCGACCUUACCCUGACCCAACUGAGAAACGUAAUGUUGUCAACCUAUUGCUGGGCUCCUCUGCUACCAUAGAUUGUGACGUUCCACACACCACCAGCGAUCGCCUCAUUUGGUACAAGGGUGCUGAAAUCGUAGCUACCGGUGAACUACAUUUGAAAGACGUUGAUAUUGAUAGUAGCGGGAUGUACACUUGCCGCGUUAGUACACUGUCAGGCGCCGCUAGCGCCACCACUGUACUGAACGUCGGCUUCCCGCCAGAGUUCCUCGAGCAAAGCUCCGAACAAACAGAGUUUGUUUUGAACGAGGAGGCGUAUUUCUCGUGCCUGGCCGCUGGAGAGCCGAACCCGACGGCAAAAUGGCUGUAUAAUGGGAAAGAAUUAGAUGUAACAGAUAUGGAUUACCGUGUUUACAUGACUUUCAAUGAUCUGGGAAACUAUAGAUGUACAGUCAGCAACAUAUAUGGUACAAUAACGCGAGAUUUUCAAAUCGUCGAUCCAGGAUGCACGUUACUCAAUGGGAUAAAUAAUGAUAGUCCACAAGUUUCUUUAAUAAACUUAAGACUUUUGUCAGAUAAUAUGAGCAGUGUAAAAGUGCCUAAAGGUGAAGGAAUGACAAUCAUCUGUGGUAACGGUUUUGAACAGUAUUCCGGUACUGAACUUGAAGCGGUUUGCGUUGAAGCUACCACGCUCCGGAUACAUGACGUAGAAGUAAAUUUCUCUCAUGUAAAAUGCAAGAAACAAAGGAAACCCAACUAAUAAUGUGAAAUAAAAACGUAAACAAAAA